GGCCACCUAGGCCUCGGUAGGUGUCAUGGCGGCCACCUAGGCCUCGGUAGGUGUCAUGGCGGACGCCGGAAGCGGAAGGCGUAGCGUCACGAGACGUGCCCCCUCUUCCGCGUGCCGGUGGCGGAAGCGCGCGGCGGGCGCGGGGGGGGGGGGUGUCCCUGCAGGAUGCUGGCGAGGGGCCGGUGGCUCCUGCGCUGCUGGAAGCCGCUUUUCACCGGCCGCCUGCUGCUGCUGACCAACACGGCGAGCUGCGGCGUGCUGCUGGCCGCCGGCGACACGCUGCAGCAGGCCUGGCACCGCCGCCAGCACCCGGACACUGAGCCCCAGGUGGCACGCACAGGUCGCAUGUUCGCCAUAGGCUGCAGCAUGGGCCCGCUGAUGCACUACUGGUAUCUCUGGCUGGACGUCACCUUCCCGGCGCGGGGCGUGCGGGGGCUGAAAACCGUCCUGAAGAAAGUCCUUAUCGACCAGCUGGUGGCAUCACCCGCCCUGGGCGCCUGGUACUUCCUCGGCAUGGGCACACUGGAGGGCCAGUCUCUAGAGGAGAGCUGGGAGGAGCUGAAGGAGAAAUUUUGGGAAUUCUACAAGGCUGACUGGUGUGUCUGGCCGGCGGCUCAGCUCAUGAAUUUCCUCUUCGUCCCCCCCAAGUACCGGGUGGUUUACAUCAACGUGAUCACGCUGGGCUGGGACACCUACCUCUCCUACCUCAAGCACAGGCCUGGCAGCCCCCCGAGUGCUGAGCACAACUUGCCGCAUGAGAACCAGUGCAGUGUCGGGAGGUAAAGAGGCAGCUGCUCUCAGCGACUGCGACGUUUUCAGAGGCUCCUGCCCAUGGCAAAUGAUUUUUCUGGGUGUCCUGGCCAGCACGGCUCAAUCCACCCAAGGAACAUGAUAGCCAGAGACCACCGCCACCACCGUCUGUGACUCGCUGCAGCCUGUGCAGAUCUCGCUGAUUAACUCAUCUACUGAUUGCAAUGAUGAGUUUGGGUAUUUUUAACGACUCUGGUGUUGCAGGCUAGCCUGUAAAGCUGAUUUCUUUCUUUGUAUUCGUUCACAGAGCCUGAGCUGCCGGGGCAGGGAGGAGCUGCCGCAGCUACGCUUUGCCUUCAGUGCCCCAGGGAAAGUCCCCACAGUGCUCCCCCCUCGCUCCAGCCAGGUUUUUUUUUUCCCCUUCUCCAGGGCAAGGCUGGCCCUUUGCUCCCCUCCAACAACCUCCUUUGCUCUUCUGAGAAGCAGCAACUCCAGUCUCUGCCUUGCUCCUGCUUUGGCGGCUGCCUCUCCGCUCUCAGUGCCACUCCUCAGACCUUUCCCUGCUCCUUUUUUUUUGUCUUCCAGCCAAAAGAACUCCCUCACCCCCCCCACCCCCACCCCCCUGGCUGCCUCGUCUCCCUUUUGCUCCACCGCGCACCCACCCCCCGGCACCACGCGUGGGCUCUGCUGGGCUGCAGCCACCCAAUUUUUAUAAAAAUAGCGGUGCGAUCGCAGGUUUGACGGCAGCAGAGUCAACCCGGAGGCAGUUGCGGCGGGGGGGGUUUAAGGCAAAGCUCCCCGUGUCCCAAUGCCCCCCCCCCCACCCCCUCCAGGCAAGCUGGACACCCACUUCCCAAACUGGGAAAUUAUUUAUUUCCAGCAUUGAUGAAAAUCACCUAAAUGUUUUUUUUUUUUUUUCCCCCCUCAAGUUUAAAGCUGCUCUGUCCUCAUCCCUCCUGCCACCCAGCCCCAGGGUGGGGGGAAACGACACACCAGCCCUCCCCCUGCAGCGAGCCAGGUUGCAGGAGCCAUUUGAUAAACGCUAAUUAAGAAACCAGAUCAGUUUUGCUCCUCUGGGAACAAGCUCGACAGCACGAGGUUAUCAACGCCAAGCAGAGAACCAGCCCGCUGCCCCCUCUCCACCUGCAACAACCCCGAGCAACCGGUGAUGAGCAUUGAUUUAUUUCUUCACAACAUUUCUUUAAUAUACCGUGAUUUUUAGGAAAUUGUAUUUUUUUUUUUUUGACACUUUUGACAUUUGUACAGUACAGUGUAACUUCCAUAAGUAAACUUCACAAAAAAUAGGAAAGGGGAAGGGAGGGAAACAGGGUCGCCCUUGGGAGGGGGGGAAAUCUGUAAAAUAAAGACACAGCGCUCCAAGAAAAAUAAAUAGAGGGCAGCAAGACCUCCGGGUCUGUCAUCGCUACAGGAAUAUCCACUUAUUCACAGUCUCCACAGAAGCACGGUACUACAGGAACACACGAGGAGCCGAAGGCCCUGCAGCAAAUUAGCCACGCUCCUCCAAGCCCCACUCACCCCCUCGCUCGCCAAAACCGGGAGCUCUGCAAAGAUUUUUUUUUUUUUUUUUUAAAUCAUUUUAGCCCCAAACCAGGGCUAAUUUGCUACAGUUUGCUUGGCUGGCCUCGCUCAUGUAUUUUUUUUUUUUUUAAUUAUUUUAUUUUUCUUUUAAACCUUUAAAUAAUAGAUUUUUUUUUUUUUUAAAAGUGAUAUUCACAAGCAAGGUUACCACACUGAGGGAAAAAAAAUAAUAAUAAUAAAUGCACCAACACAGCCACAGCACUGCAGGUCACGCGCACAGCGUCACUUCCUACGCCUAUUUACAAGGAAUUUUUCUUAUGUACAAGGAGGAAGACAGCGGGAGCAUAAAUUAGCAUCUAUUUAUACAAAUAAACAAGAGUUAGGAAAUAUCCAUCCACGGGGGGGGGGGGGGACAGGGAAGGAGAGCCGGGCACAAAGAGCCCUAGGCAGGACAUCUGCCGGGCUGGGGAGAGGGGGACACGGGGAGUCUCAGCCAGGACGUGAGGUUUUGGCGUCCCAUCGCACCCCCCCACCCGAGCAGGGGGCCUGUCCCCGCUUCCCCUGGAGAGGGACGGGGCUGGCGGGGAGGGGAGCGAUGGGAGCCAGCGGUUGCGAGCAGAGAAAACAGUAUUCCUUGGAGAGCAGGGCUCGUGGAGCAAGAAAAAGCAGAACGGGGGAGUUUUCUACCAGCCCAGGCUUAAAAAUAAAUUAGGGGGGGGGGCACCGCCUAACUGAAGGGGGGGAGGCUCCUAGAGGGGCCGCAGCCCUUUCGGAGGUAUCAGCAGCAAAAACCCCUGCGGGACCCCCAAGAAGAGGGGCUCGGGGAGUGGGGGGGAGCAGCGGUGGAGGGGGGGUGCACUGACCGAUUUUUGGGGGAUGUAGAGGGGGGGGCUGGCCCUAGCAGGCACAGUCCUGGUGCGGGGGGGCCUGCUGGUCCGUGAGCUGGGGGCCCUGCUUGGCGCCAGUGACCGCCGGGUCGGCCGUAUCCAGUGACUCUGACAUCUUCUCACAGAUGAUGUCCACCAGCCGCUCGAAGGUCUGCUUGACGUUGAUGUUGUCCUUGGCGCUGGCCUCGAAAAACUCAAAACCUGGGGGGGGAUGGGGGAACGGACGACCACGGCCAUCAGGGCCGCAAACCCCCACCCCACCGCAGCCCUGCAUCCCAACAUCGGAAACCUUUUCCAGCUGCUCCUCCCCUCGUUAAAUAUUGAAGGGCUGCAUGUAUCGCACGCCCGGACCACCCGGCUGCAACCUGCCCCUGCACCCACCCGCAGGCGCCCGAUUUUUCCUGCCGGCGAGUAACAGAAACCGCCAUCUCCCCGCCCCGCCGCUCGCAGCUUAAUUACACCUUUUUUUUUUUUUUAAUUUUCUUUUUCCCCCCCCUUGGGUGAUAAGUCAUCGCUAUCAAAGCAGAAGAAUUACGGUGAGGGAAUUGAACCCCUAACUAAAUUAUCCGCGCUGGGGUGGCUCCUGCUGCUGCCCCCCCUCCCCAACUCACCCAGGUGCUCGGCGAGCUGGCGGCCUUUCUCCGAGGAGACAACGCGUUCGUCCUCCAUGUCACACUUGUUCCCCACCAGCAGGACCUGGGCGUUGUCCCAGGAGUAGGUCUUGAUCUGGGUGGACCUUCAGGGGAGGCAAAGGGGGAAAAAUCACACGGGGGGGGGGGGGGCAGAGCACCGCGUUGGGGGGGGAUGCCCGUGAAAGACAGAAGGGGGGGGAAG